GAGCGACGUGUUUUGAGCCGGAUUUUAUUCUUUAUUCUUUAUUGUUUUGUAUUUGUUAUUUGUUGUUGUUUACUUCUUGCCAACUGCUCGUUGUUCUUUCAGCCGUUUCAUGGCUGCUUCUCUCUUCUCUUGUUCGUUCUAACUCACUAGCACGCCGUGGGCAGAAAGAAAUACUGCACAGCGAGCUCGUCGAUCCGCCUUCUUCUCCUCCUCCACAUUGAUGGACUCAUCUUCAAAUCCUUUUCGUCCCCGGCGCGAUAACCAGCAGUUCUUCUACGCCUCUUCUUCUUCUCCUUCUCCCUCCUCUGCUUCUUCAGCUGCCUACUACUCCGACCGCUUCUCCCUCUCAUCCCUCUGGUCCUCCUUCUCUGACUUCCUCUCCGACCGCAUCAUGCCCGUCCUCCCCGCCCCCGCCUCCUCCGCGGCCUCCUCCGCCGGUUCCGCAUACAAAGACAAAUCCGCCCCGCGCAUGAACCCCGCCGCGGCUCCCCUCAUGUUCCUUCCCUACAGGUCGAAAGCCCGGCUCUGGCAGCGCGUUCUCCAGGUCGCGCCCUUCGUCGUCGUCCUCGGCUUCUUUGCCUUCAUCUUUAGCCACUUUGUCUACCAUUCCGCUCCAAAGCGCGAAGUCCUCGUCAACAAACCCACUGAUCUCUACACCGAGGACCAGUUCCUCACUUCUUAUGGCAUCUCCAAGCAGGACCUCGCUCAAAUGCUUCCUGCCCCCAAGCAGCUCGGUCUCGAGAAGGCUUCUCUCGUUAUGCUCGUUCGCAACUCGGAGCUCAACGACGCUCUCAAGUCAAUCAGAAUGCUCGAGGAUCGCUUCAAUAGACACUAUCGCUACCCCUGGGUUUUCCUCAACGACGAGCCCUUCACUCCUGAGUUCAUCAACUACACAACCGGCAUGGCUUCAGGCCUCACCAAAUACGGUCUGAUCGACAAAAGCCAGUGGAGCAUCCCCGAUCACAUAGACCAGGACAAAGUCCAAAAGAACAUGGAGGAGAUGGUUUCGAAAAAUGUCAUUUACGCUGGAAGCAUGUCGUACCGCCACAUGUGUCGAUACAACUCGGGCUUCUUCUUUCGCCAUCCUUUGCUCGCUGAAUACGACUGGUACUGGCGAGUCGAGCCUGGUGUCGAGUUUUUCUGUGACCAAACAUAUGACCCCUUCACAUUCAUGAAAGACCACGACAAAGUCUACGGGUUUGUAAUGUCAAUGUACGAAUACGUCGUGACCAUCGAAACCCUCUGGGACACCACAAAAGACUUUGUUAGGAAGCAUCCUGAAUACCUCGCGGCCGACAACUCUCUUGACUUUUUUGUGGAUGGACAUGCGCCGUCUGCUAAAGGUGAUAAAGAGAUCGACGGCGACUAUAACCUCUGCCAUUUCUGGUCAAACUUUGAAAUCGCUGAUCUCCGGUUUUGGAGAUCGCAGGCGUAUUUGGAUUAUUUUGAUCAUUUGGAUAAGCAAGGUGGUUUCUUUUAUGAGCGAUGGGGAGAUGCACCAAUCCAUUCUCUAGCCGCCGGCCUAUUCCUUCCAAAAUCCAAGAUCCACCACUUCGGCGAUAUCGGAUACCGCCAUCCUCCCUACUCGCGAUGCCCUCAAGACGAAGGCUCGCACGCCGGCGGCCGCUGCUAUUGCUCGCGUAAAGACCAUUUUGACGAUGAUGGAUACUCGUGUUUGCCUCGGUGGUGGAAGGUUGCGGGGCAGAGCGUUGGUGCGGGAAUUAAAAAGCAGGAUUAAUUAUACCUUCGCAAAAUCAGCACAUUAUAGAAAGCUUUGCUACUUUUCACUUCUUCUUGGUUCUUGGUUGUUAUAUCACGUUGUAUAUUCAUGAUGGAUCAUGACGGCAUCAGACGAUUCCAUUUUUUUAUAUUUUAUAUCACGCUGCGUUGAAAAACUUCAUUGGGCUUCUUGUUUCUUGUAGUUUAGUUUGGUCAUUUUUUUGAUUUAUUCUUGGUUAUUGACAUGCUGCUCAUCUGUGAAACUUGCGAUAUUAUGAAAAUAGAGAAAAAUAAAAACU